UCUAUGGGUAAUUCUUGCUCUUCCUGUUUCGGAUCGCCAAAGGCUCCGACCCCACCUCCAGUUAGCAGUAGUAAACCCGUGAUAGGGCCUAAGUCCCCUGAGCCUACUGCUACUGUAGCUGACACCCUCAAGGUGGCUUCUCCUUCUAAGAAGCCCGUGGAGAGUGUAUCGGAGGUCACUGCCACCAGCGUCGCUGCGGUAUUGCCGUCCAGGAAGGGGGAGGCCGAGAGCAGCCCUGUCCCGACCCCGGCUACCUCUGCUGCAUCUACCCCUGGGCCAAAGCCGACAUCGGUGGCCCCUAUCGAGAAGAGUCAGGAGCAGGUUAGGGAGACUGUAGUUACUCAAGUGCCCAAGGCUGCUGUACAAUCAACUUUUGUCAUGUCCCAUACUGAAGAGAAGGUCGAGGAGGCCCCGGUGACCACCACAAAGGUCGAGGAGGCCCCUGUGGCCACCACAAAGGUCGAGGAGGCCCCUGUGGCCACUACGAAGGUCGAGGAUGCCCCUGUGGCCACUACGAAGGUCGAGGAUGCCCCUGUGGCCACUACGAAGGUCGAGGAUGCCCCUGUGGCCACUACGAAGGUCGAGGAUGCCCCUGUGGCCACUACGAAGGUCGAGGAUGCCCCUGUGGCCACCACAAAGGUCGAGGAAGCCCCUGUGGCCGCUACGAAGGUCGAGGAGGCCCCUGUGGCCGCUACGAAGGUCGAGGAGGCCCCUGUGGCCACUACGAAGGUCGAGGAUGCCCCUGUGGCCACUACGAAGGUCGAGGAUGCCCCUGUGGCCACUACGAAGGUCGAGGAUGCCCCUGUGGCCACCACAAAGGUCGAGGAAGCCCCUGUGGCCGCUACGAAGGUCGAGGAGGCCCCUGUGGCCGCUACGAAGGUCGAGGAGGCCCCUGUGGCCGCUACGAAGGUCGAGGAGGCCCCUGUGGCCACCACAAAGGUCGAGGAGGCCCCUGUGGCCACUACGAAGGUCGAGGAGGCCCCGGUGGUCGUUUCUACUGAAAAUGAGACGUCGGCAACUAUUACCGCAUCGAUGCCUGAAGCUUCUGCGAAGAAGGCCGAGGUUGAGGUGGAAGUUGAGAAGGAUGUGACGGAGAAGGUCUCUGCGCAUGAUGCCGAAUCCAGCCCUGAGACGGUGCCGACUCACACUAAGGUUGCCUCCUCUAGUGAGCCUGAGCAAACCGAGAGGUUGAUGGAGGCUCUUGUCCAGAACAUCCAGAGGAAGCAAGCUGAGCAGCAGAUACGACAACUACUCUACAGUCAAGUCCAGCAGCAGGCCGCUACUCAAGCUAAGGAGGAGAAGUCAUCUGGGAAGAAACAUCAUCAUAAUAAGGCUGGAGGGGAGUCGGAGGGCAGCCCUGAGAGGUCAGCUACUGUUGGUCAGUCUUCCAGGAAGGGCAAGCAGAGCCAGAAGGAACGUAGGGCCAAGCAGAAGGCGGCUAAGGCGGCCAGGAGGGUCCUAUGAGGAUACUACGAUCAUUGACGAUUAUCCCACUGGUGUACUUUGAGCUGAUAAUAACAUUUGUGUCUGGCCUCGCGUUGGACGUAGCUAGACUCGUAGUAAUACUCACC